UAAAGAUAAUUGCUUUAAAAAGUAAAAGUUUUAUGAAAAUUGAAGAUAAUUGUUCUGCAGUUGAAGUAGUGGAUGGUAUAGCUGACAUAUACCCUGUCCUAUAGAUAAAAACUUUACUUCGGAGACGGACGGGAGCAUUUUUCGCCAUUUAAAUCUGAAAUUUAAAACAGAGAAGACAUGGAAAGUGAUCGGAAAAGGUUGCAAGAGGGGUUCAAAGUAUUUACGUGGACUAAGACAAUAACCAGGUUGAUAGGUCUGUGGCCGCUAACUCCAAAUUACUAUUUAUUUGCCGUGUGUAUAACUUAUUUAACUGUUAUGAUGGCCUUACAAUUUGCAUACCUUUACAAGUCUCUUAAAGAUGUUGACAAAUUUAUUGAUAUUAUGACGGAAAAUAUGGCAUUUUUUUAUAUUUACAUGUCUGUGGUGAUGCUGAGAGUGAAUAAUAGACAGCUUGGCAGGGUAAUUGCUCAAGCAGUCUUAGAUUACAACAUAAGUGUCUUCAGAGAUUCUGAUGAAGUUGAUGUGUUUAUGCAGUUUAUCAAUAGAGCUAGAUUUUUGAUAAAAGGAUUAAUUAUUUACUAUGCAGUGGGUGAAAUCUUUUGGUACUUACCAAUAAUGACUUUAUCGAAUAAUACAAUGGACGACAAUAACAAAACAAUGUUUGUUCUGCCAUAUGAAAUUUGGCUGUUUUAUGAAAUAGAUUCUACACUAAGUUAUUUUUUUACAUACCUAUUGCUUCUGCCAGUACCUGUCAUUGCUGCGCUGGCCAAUAUGGCGACAGAUUGCUGCCUUAUUUUCCUGGUGUUCUACAUUAGUGGAAAAAUGGCGGUAUUAACAAUGAGGAUCGACGCACUUGAAAGUGACAAAGAAAACACCAGAAGCGAACUCACAAAAAUAAUUGCUGAGCACGGAAAAUUAUUCGGAAUGGGCGAUGAGAUUAGAGACGCUUAUAGUCUUCUUUUACUGAUUUAUUUUUUAGUCGCAAAUUUCAUAUUAUGCAUUCUUGGCUAUCAAAUAUUAAUAAGUUUCAUGACUAAUCAAAUGCUUGAAGUGGUACAAUAUAUAGCGUAUUUUAUUGAAAUGUACUUUAUAUUGGGUCUUUAUUGUAUGAUAAGUGAACAUCUCACUUCUGAGAGCCUGAAAUGCGGGGAAGCAUUUUACCAAUGUCCUUGGUACAAUUUCCCUCUAGAUUGCAGCAAAAAUAUUAUUCUCAGUAUUGCAAGAUCUCAAAAACCUUUGGGACUACAAGCUGGUAAAUUUCUGACCUUCAGCAGCGUUACAUUAACGGAUGACUGGAAAAGGUUGCAAGAGGGAUUCAGAUUGUUGAAGUGGACGGAAAAUAUGGCGAGGAUUUUAGGUGUAUGGCCUCGAGAUCCAACCCCUUUUUUAUUUAUCACGAUUAUCAUGUAUACACAUGUCAUAAUGUUCCUACAACUUGUGUACGUUUGGCAGUCUCGUCAUGAUAUUGAGCAAUUUCUUACUAUCAUGUCGGAGUAUACCGUGUUCGUUUAUAUUUACACAUCUAUUUUGAUGCUGAGAGUGAACAUUCGUCAACUUGGUCAGUUAUUGAAUCAAGUUCUUGAAGAUUACAAGAUAAGUGCAUUCAGAGAUUCUCAAGAAGUUGAUAUCUUCAUGCAGUUUAUCGCCAAAGCUAGAAUUUUGAUGAAAGGAUUAAUUACUUACACUACUUUGACUGAAAUAAUUUGGUACUUAAAACCAUUGUUUGCAAUAUCGGAAAACUUGGUUGACGAAAACAACAAAACGAUCUAUAUUUUACCAUACGAAAUUUGGUGGUUUUAUGAAAUAGAAUCUACAAAAGGUUUUCUUUUUGCAUACUUAUUUCUUCUGCCGGGGCCUCUUCUUGCUUUGAUCGGUAGUAUAGGAGCAGUUUGCUUCGUUAUUUUCUUCGUAUUCUACAUUAGUGGAAGGAUGGCGAUACUAACGGGAAGGAUCGACGCACUUGAAAGUGACAAAGAAAACACCAGAAGCGAACUCACAAAAAUAAUUUCUGAGCACACAAAAUUGUUACAAAUGGGUGAGGAGGUCACAGACACUUUUAGAAUUAUUUUACUGGUUUAUUUUAUAAGCAUAAAUUUCAUGUUGGGCGUUCUUGGCUAUAAACUGUUGAUAAGUUUCAUGACUAAUAAUGUGUUUGAAAUAAUACAAUAUUCAAUAUAUUUUGCUGAAAUGUACACUAUGUUAGCUGUUUAUUGUAUGAUAGGUCAGCAUUUCACAUCUCAGAGCCUGAAAUGCGGGGAAGCAUUUUACCAAUGUCCUUGGUACAAUUUCUCUCUAGAUUGCACCAAAGACAUUAUCUUCAGUAUUGCCAGAUCUCAAAGACCUUUGGGACUACAAGCUGGUAAAUUUCUGACCUUAAGCAGCGUUACAUUAACGGAUGUGUCAAAAACAGCCGCCGGGUAUUUAUCAGUUCUUCGGAACUUUUUGAUUAUUGAAGAUUAAACUAGUCUCUUUAAAGCUUCUUGGAAAAAUUGUUAUCUGCAUAUUAAAUAUAUAUGACAUGUUGAUGACAUUGAUAUUAUAGCCUUGAAUAGUUACCAAUAAAAUGCACCGAUUAAAUCUUAA